AAUGACACCUAGCAAAGCGUUAAGAACAGCAAAUACAUUAAUUAGUUGCACUUUGUUAGUGAACACGGAAAGUUGGAACGUUUGGUUAGCAAUAAUCGAUCAAUCAUGCAAGAUCCACGAUUGAAGGAAUUUAUGAAAGAGUUUACACUCAGCGAUUCACAGCUGAAGGAAGUGUACAAUCGUUUUGGUAAUGAAAUCCGCAAAGGAUUAAACAAAGACACCCACGCAAAAGCCGAUACAAAAUGUUUCAUUACUUACGUACAAGAUCUGCCCAACGGUGAUGAGAGAGGUAAAUUUUUGGCACUCGAUUUGGGUGGCACAAAUUUUCGGGUUCUACUCGUAACGCUCAAAGGUCAUCACGAUGCUACCAUUGUGUCUAACACGUAUCCUAUACCACAAGAAAUAUUAGUUGGCACCGGUGAACAACUAUUUGAUCAUAUAGCAAAGUGUUUGGAUGAUUUUGUUAAAGCUCAGCAAGUGGGCGAAUCUUAUCUACCCUUGGGUUUUACAUUCUCAUUUCCUUGUGUGCAAUUGGGACUCAAGAAGUCUAUGUUGGUACGGUGGACAAAAGGUUUUCAGUGUUCCAAUACAGAAAAUGAAGAUGUUGGUCGUUUACUUAAGGAAGCAAUAGCGCGACGAGGUAAUACGGAAAUUGAGGUAUUAGCAUUACUUAAUGAUACAACGGGUACACUUAUGUCCUGCGCACAUCGCAAUGCCAACUGUCGUAUUGGUUUAAUUGUCGGUACCGGUUGUAAUGCUUGUUAUGUGGAAAAUGUGGAUUGUGUUGAUUUAUUGGAACCCGAACUAAAGCGUACCAAAAAAAAAGUUAUCAUCAACGUUGAAUGGGGUGCAUUUGGCGAUAGUGGAUUAUUAGAAUUUGUACGUACUGAUUAUGAUCGAAUAGUCGAUAAAAUGAGUCCAAAUAUUGGUCAACAACUUUAUGAGAAAAUGAUAUCAGGAAUGUAUCUGGGAGAACUUGUACGCCUUGCACUGCAUAAGGCCACUAAAGAGAAUCUUAUGUUUCUACGCUCAGCAAAUAAAAACAAAAUUUUGGAAGUAUUGAACAAGGAAGUGGGUUGUUUUAAAACAGAAAUGUUAUCUAGAAUCGAGGCAGACACCUUUCCUGAUUUUACAAAUACGAAAAAUAUACUAAAAGAACUUUUUGGAUCGGAAAAAGUGAAUAUAGAAGACUGCCAGAAAUUAAGAUUCAUGUGUGAGUGCGUAGCGCAACGAGCUGCUAAUUUAGUUGCUGUAGGCUUAGCCGGACUGGUGAAUAGAAUCAACGAACCGAACGUUGUCAUAGGUGUGGAUGGUUCUGUGUAUAAACAUCAUCCGAAAUUUGAUGCUUACAUGCGUGUAACUAUGCGUAAAUUUGUAACCCCCGGCAUUAAAUUUGAUAUAAUGCUUUCGGAGGAUGGAUCUGGACGAGGAGCUGCUUUAGUUGCUGCCGUCGCCAGUCGUCAGAAAUAAUUCCUAUUUUAGAAUACUGAAAUCUUAGUACAUAAGUUGAUUUUUCUCUAAUAAAUAUUUUAAAAUUAUAA